AUGGAAUCGUUUGCAGAUAGACUCGCUCGGGAAAUCAUUAGAGACGUCAAAAACGACUUCGGAAGUGCCAGUAGCUCACCAGCCGAGCAACUAGCCGCUAAUCAUGGCUCUAACAGUCCAAAUCAAAACAGAAGCAGUUUCUUUUCCAAAUUCGAGCAACGACCGCACAAGCGACUGAAAGGGCCGCAAAUGGGCUUUCCGGAGAGAAAACGACGAAACGAUGAGGAUAAAGAAAUUGACCUCUUAGCUGAUCGACUGACUACGGAAAUUAUUGAUUAUGCUACUAGCUCUGAUGCUCCGUCGAAAGGGAGGAAAAAAGAGCGCAGAAGUCGACAAGAUACCGAUUCGGAAAUCGACCAAAUGGAGAUUUACUCUGAUUCCACCCAACCCGCUUCAGAAUAUCAAAAAACAGUCAUCAAAUAUCAAAACUCCGAUGGAGCUUUUUCAGAACCAGCGCCAGUUGCAACUUCUCGUCGGGAAAGUCUCUGGGAAAUGAAAGUCCCGAAAAAUAAUAGUAUUUGGAGAAUGACCGACGAAUAG